GCACAAGCAAGGCGGGAAUACCCAAGGACGACCCACACCGACCAUCAGUCGAUAAUUGGAAGCGAAACGAGGCGCACACCUGCUGCACAACUAGUACGCUGGCCGGAUGGUCCUUCCUCGGGCGUUCUUGGCCAACAUUCGAAGGCGACUAGCAGGUUCGCGUACAGUGAUGCACACCGGCAUGGGAUGUUCAUCGUCCGUUGUGCUUGAGGAAUCGGUGCCAGCGGGGCAUCCGCCGACCCCGGUAAUGGAUACCGACGGGGGGUACGGCCUCCACCAGCCACCAGCGUUCCUGCCGAAGCAGUCCGAAUCGUUCGUCGAAGCGUACCGUCGGUUGGACGAGGAAAUUUGCGCGCUCGAAAGUACGACGCCUGGUCCACGGCUGAUGACGGCGGAGGCUUGGGUUGAGCUGCUAAACAGUGCCAAGAGGGGUGGAGUCGAGCAGGGAGUUACAAUACCGCCACCACAGCCACCACCUCCACCCUUACCGAACGAGGUGAUGCUUGGUAAUGGAACCGUCCCGAAUGGUGGUAUAUUUAGGCGACCGAUAACGGCUGAAAAGGAUCAGCAAGCCGAGAGUGCCCGUGCCGAGCUGGUUAAGGUUCGUGAAAUCAUUCUCAAGCUAGACAUCGUGUCGAACCAGUUCAAAGCGGCCCAGCAGGAAGAGUUUGUGGCGCGACUGUCCCGCACCGCCAUGGACCAGGAGGCGGACCACUUCCGCGAGGAGAUGAUUGUACACGCGCGCAAGCGUGCGCUAACGCUCCGCAAGGACUUUGAACGCUUGAAGCGACUGUACGCCGAACAGGAUCUGCUCCUGUCGACCGUUUACAGCGGUGCGUACGGUACAGUGAACGAACAGACGCUCGAUUCGGAGCUGGAUGCCGCACGGGAUGUACGCGACCGGCUCGGUGGUGCCGUCGAGCAGUGGCGCAUUGCCGGCGGAUUGCUCCGAGCUGCCGCCAAAGGGCUGCACCAGGUCGUGGACUACUGGGAGCUGCUACGGCCGUCGAAAAGUGCGGCAGAAACGAUCGAGCUUGCGCUGGACGCAAGGUCCACGUGUCACGGUGCACUGAUGGCACUGGAGGCCGCCCAGGCCGCACUACCAUCGGUGGAGAUACCGUACAUUACGAUCCGGCAGCAGUCCGCCGUGCGGCACGCACUCAUCUACCUCCUCACCGAUAUGGUUAAUCCGGCCCGGUAUCAACACACCCGCGAUGUGUUCGGUGUGUUUAGUGCGAACGUGGCCAAAGCCGUCCACUGGCUGCACGAGUGUUACAGUGAAACGCUAAAGCAGGACUUGGACAGUGCCGACCAGGUGGCGACACUGUUGGCGAAAAACUUGCGCGAAGAACGGUUGCGGCACAUCGGGAGCCGGAUGCCUAACAGGGUUUACGUCCGGCCAGCGAUCGGAUAGAAGAGGGGAAGGGGAAACGGAAGGAACACACACACCGAAAAAGCUCAUUUGGCGAUUUUCUCUAUUUCGGUCAUCUCGCAGCUGCGCGUAAGCUUGUAUUCGCCCUUUUCGGGCGUGUAGUCGAGUGAGCGGUACAGUGGCCGAACCCAGGGCGUGAGUAGGUUCAGGGGCACCCGUUCCUUCUGGCCGCCGGUUGCGUAGCUCACCACAAUUCCGACGACGAUGACGAUGAUCGUGCCGAGCAGGGAGUAGUACAUGAAGCCGAUCCGGAAGACCCACGGCACUUCGGAGUUGUCGUGGCCGGCUGCAUCCCGGUAGAAGGUGCUGCUUUCCGUGCUGUAAGACAUAAGCGCCCCGCCCCCCAAAGGCGAACGUUAGAAUACGUCUAAAGAGUGCGUUGAUUGCAAUAUAUACCCUGUUACAUUGAAGUCACUGCAACCAUCGUACCGGAAGGGUAAGCUCUCGUACUUGAGAUGCCCGCCCAGAAUCUCCAGCUGCGCUCCGACGGCAAUCACACUGAGCGAUAUCAACGAUACGAUCGCGCCCCAGAAAGCACCCUUUCCAUUGAUGUGCGGCGAGAACAUCCCCAGAAAGAAGAUACCGAGCAUCGUACCCGAGGUAACACCCGACACAGAAAUAGCCAAGCUGAAGAUACUACCGAGCUGCUCGACGACAAACACCAGCAGCAGACAGAUCACACCGAUCGUCAUCACCAUCACCUUCACUACCGUGCUGGCCGUUUUGUCCUUCAGCGCAAACCGGGGCCGUAUAAAGUCCUCGAACAGUGUGCCCGACAGUGUGUUCAUGCUGGUGGACAUGGACGAAAGGGCAGCGGAAAAGAUGCCGACCACGAACAGACCCGGCAGCCCAGGGAUGUGCCUCGCAACGUCCAGCACGUAGUAGGCAAAGAUCUGAUCGUACUUCUGCACCGUGCCCUCGUGGAUGGGGUCACAGUCGUGGUACUUGCCGAAGAUUAGCAGCCCAUUGUAGACGGAGAAAAGCUUCACGAGAAUGUGACCUACGCCGAAUAUCCAAACGGCCCUGAAAUUCAGAAUUCACGAGGAAAGAGAUAGGUUAACAGUGAAACAGGUGUUUGGAGAGGCAUAAAGCCUUACUUCUUGGCACUGGACAUAUCCGGAAUGGUUAGGAAGCGUUGAAUACAUUCAGGCGUAACUCCAAUGUUCGAUAUCCACAUGGACGUUAGUCCGACCGAGACUAGCCAGAACGAGG